AUGUUUGAAAUGCCUCUCGAACUUGUAAAUAUCAGCUUGAUAAUUUAGAAUUAAACAAAAUAAAUUGAAAAAAACAGGAAAAUUAAAAAAUUCAUUUCCAUAUACUUGCAACUAUAUUAGCCAAUAAUUAGAAUUCCACUCCAAUACUCCCAUUUUCAUAUUCUAUCAUACUACUCUAUGAUAAACUCACCUACUUAGUUCAUGCAUUUUGUUACUAUUGUGUGUGUUUUGUCGAUCACACUGUAAUUGGUUUUUAGCUUUUUUAUUGAUCUCCAUGGUUUUGAGUUCAAAAUGAAAAAAUAGGACUUCUUAGGAACAUUUAAUACAUAAAAGGUCCAUAUUAUUUUUGUUUUUCAAACAUUACUUAUAAUUCUUUUAGGUUUAGAAGUCUAAUCCAUCAUAAUUUAAGUGUUUUACAUUAUAUUUUUAUUUGUCAAUAUCAUUAUGAGUUACAAUUAGCUAAUAUUUGUUGAAAUACAAUUUUCAAGGUUAUAAUUACAUGUAUCAUGCUAUAUAUUGAUAUACUAAAUUACGUUGCUGAUUGCAUAGUACAGACAUAUAGGAUUUGAUUUAAAUCUAAUAGGGUUAAUGCUCUUUGGAUACCCUUUUGUAUCUUAUAUUCUCAAAAUCAUAAUUGAGAGAUAGAAGUUAAAGUCCUUAAACUUUUCCUCAUAAUCUGUGGAAAAGCAACUCAGAGUAAUAUAUUAUCUGUUCAAAAAAUAAAUUAAAUUAAAGAAGGAGCAAAGAUCUUUAGAUCCAUUAGAAGCUUUAGCUAUGUAUUCAUUCAUUACAAAUCAUCUGAGAUAUUGUUCAUUGAAUAGAGAAAGGAAAGUAUAAAAGCAAAUCAAGAUGAAAUUUAAAUGUUUUUGUGAAGAAUUCGCUGAUAGAGAUAAUUUUAGAUUUGAUUCAAUUGAUGAAAUGAAAUUGUUUGCUAAAGAAUUGAUUGCUUAAACUUUAGAAGAUGAGAUUCUUGAAACUUAGGAUACUUAUUUAGCCUUGAUAUACAUUUACUUUCUUGUUUAAGUCAAAAAAUUACCUACUCAAGCAAUUUAUGAAGUGAUUCGACUUUCAUUGUCAACUUAAGAAAUGGCUUUGAAAGAGAAGGCAAUUAUUUAUAAGUUGAAAUAUGAUGCAUUAGAAGAAUUUGAUAAUCUAGUAAAGAAAAACGAUCUAAAGAAUUAGAAAUAUGUUUUCAAAAGAGUGUAUUAAUAUGAAGAAUCAUUAUCUGUGAUUAAAUAAAACAUUAUCUUUAUUGUUCGUCAAUUUAAAGAAUGGUAUGGAUUAAUCUUAACAUCAACUAUUGAUAUUGAUUCAUUAGUAUUAAUUGGAUUUAAUAUAUUAAAGAAUAUUAAAUUUGUAGAAACCUAAUUAUAAAAUGCAUUUUAAAUAAAUCCACUUUCAAAUGAGUGUGAUGUUUUGUAUAAUGUAUUUUCAAAAUAUCUAUAAUUUAAUAAAUCUAGACCCAAAUUAUAUAGAUAAGAAGGGAAAUUGGUUCAAUAAUUUAUGCAUUCUAUUGAGAAGACUAUCUUUGACCCUGGAAGUUGUGUCAUUUAAAUAACAUUAUUGCAACCAAGGGGAAAUGUAUUAAGAUACACAAGAUCAUUCUAAUAAGCAAUAGGGUUUAAAGAUGAAGAGAUAAAGGAUCAAAACAUUCAUAGAUUCAUGCCAUAGAUAAUAGCAGAUGAUCAUGAUAAAUAUUUGGAUAAUUUUGUGGAGAGAGGGAGAAUUAUAGUUGUUCGAUCUGAAGUCAGAGUGAUCUUAGGGAAGAAUAAGGGACAAUUUUUGGUGCCUAUAAAUACAAGGUUGAGAAUAGAGACUAGUCCAACAGAGUUUGGAGCUACAGCCUUAAUUACUCCAGUGAAUUUAACAUUUGGAUAUAUGAUGUUGAAUGAGAAAGGAUAGAUAGAGGAAAUAACAUAAAAUAUCUUUGAAGAAAUGUUUCAAAAGAACUUAGGCAUACAAAUAGGACAAUUAAGAGGCUUAGAUUGCUUAUUUUUUAUUCCAGAUUUAGCUAAGAUUUGGGAUGAAAUCUAUGAUGAAAAUUUUGAGAGAUUAGACAAAAAGUUUGAAUGCUAGUUUAUUAUUCCUAUGGUAUCCUAAUGUAGGAGUAUGUCUCAAUCCUAAAUUUCAAAGGGGAUUUCCAAAAAUUAUAUUCAAAAGUAGAUUUAUAGGAAUUUUGAAAAUCAACCAACAGAAAAUGCUAUAUAUCAAGUUUCAUUACAUGUCAUGAGUUUAGUCACCAUAAAUUUGAAGUUAGUAAUCUUAGAAUUACAGGAUUUUAGAUUGCUCCCUAAUUAAAAAAUUACCAGUAAAUAGAUAAUUUAGUUAAGAGGCAGAACAAAUUAGUAAUUUAAUAUUUCAUAAUUUCAAAAUACAACUAGUUACAGAGAAUAACUAAGUAUACAAAAUUCUCCUUGGGUAAUAGAUUGUGAUCUAGAAUAUGAUCUCUUAUAGGAAGAAUAGCGUAUGAUCGAUGAAGUCAAACAUCAAUUAGCCACUGUUAAUAUUACAAACACUACAAACCAUCAGCAAAUCUAAUUAAUUUAAUAUGCAUAAGAUGAGGAAUUUUUACUUCAAGAAUAAUAAUUAUAAUAAUAAGAUGAAUAAAUCAUUACGUCUGUUAUUAAAUUAGAUGAAAUAGAAAGAUAAGGGAAGUUUCAAAAUCAGAACAAUAUGUCAAUUGGGAGUAGGUCUUCACAAAAUAAUCAAACAUCAUUGAAGAGAUAAAUGAAAGAAUGCAUUAGCGAUUAGACAAUUAUUCAUAAGAAAUUGGCUAUCAUAUUAAUUAUAUUUUAUAGCAUAAUAAUUGGUUCAUAUGUAGUCAAUUUUUUGGUCUUUUAAAAUAAUUAUGAAUAAGUUUAAUUGAAUUAACUUAAUUAGAAUUUACCAUAUCAAUUGUCUUACUUUUAUAACGAAUUUAUUAUAUCACACUAUUACAAAAAUCAUUAAAGCAGUUUCCAAUUUCAUGAGCUAUAAUAGAUAGGUUUAGAUUUCUUUCAGUAGGAAAUUAAAAAUAUUGACAAAACCUUAUAAAAUAUACCAGAAAUAUCAAAUAUACUAAGCAAACCUUUAAAGUAGAAGAUUGUGGAUAUGAUUCAACAGAUGGCUAAUUUAAUGUAAGAAAACAGCAUUGUGAAUGAUUCUGAGUAUCUGAGCAAUACUAAGGAUUUCUAAUCGAUUGUUCAAGUCUUGUAUUAAUCCGAUACAACUUAGAAUAUAACGAAUAUUUAGUAUAUAGUUAUAGCUGAAGAAAUUGCGCUCGUCUUAUUUAUAUCGUGGUAUGCCUAUAAGUGCGUAGAAAUUAUUUAGAUGAAAACUAAAGUAUAUAAACUAUUUAGUACUUUUACAACUGAUGUGAUCUAAGAGUAGUAUAUAAUAUUUUCUACACUCUAUUCCUUAAUGAAUUCCUCCAAGUUUAGGAGAGGAGAAACAAAUGAAGAAAGCUUUGAUUCUGUGAUAAAUAAAGCCUUCAUGAGGUAGAAUAGUCAUGCAUUACUGGAAAAAUAUUAGAAAGUAGGAAAAAGAAUUAAAUAGCUCAAGAAUAAUUCAAUACAAAUAAUCUUUUUCUUGUUUGUUUUGAUAUUGAUAGUAGUUUGUUCUGUUUACUUUGUUGGUAGCUAUAUCUUGCACAAUAAUACAAUCGACUCCAUAAUCACAGAAUUCAAUGAUAAAAUCUUAUUCUCCAAAGCUUAUCACGAAAUAACUCAAGCCUUUGCUUAAACGGCUGUAUUUAUUAAUACGAACAUUACUGCAGAUAAAAUUGCUAUAUAAAAUUCAACUGUGAUUAAGCUUACAGAACUAAAGAAGAAGUUGUCUCUUUAUUAAUAAGAUCAAACAAUCUAUAAUAUAGUUACAAAGGCUGCUUGUGACAUUUUCAAUUACUCAUUGUCCGGUUUUCAGGCUUAUGAUGAACUCUUUUCUUAUGAACAAUGUACAAGCUAUUCAAUUCUAAUGAGAGGAUUGAGUGUGACCUAUGCUGACCUCUGCGAUUAAUAAUUACGAUUUUUCCAAGACAUCGUUGGUAACAGUUCAUAAGACUAUUUGAUAUCCAAUUAUUACUAAGUCACUUCAUAGAUUGAGAGAUUAUAUGAUUCAAUGGGAUUUUUUGUGAUUGUCUCGACAUUAACUAAUCAAAUCCAAGAACAAAUCUAAAAUAACAUAGACAUAAACAUCAUCAUGGUAGCCUUUUCAGGACUGCUUAUGACUAUAUCAAUGAUAAUCAUGAUACUCUCCAUGAGAAAGGUGAGACACUCCUAUCAAUAAAGCAAGAGGCUGCUAACUCUGCUCCCCUAUGAUAGACUAGUGGAAAAUGCCUACAUAAUUAGCUUUAUUUAAUAAGAUAUUAGACUAUAAAAUUGA